AUGGAGAAAUACAAUCUCACAAUGGUGACUGAAUUCAUCCUGGUGGGCAUCACUUACCACCCUGAUCUUCAGGUCCCAUUGUUUGGACUGUUUCUCAUCAUUUACCUGACCUCAUUGGUUGGCAACCUGGGCAUUAUCAUCCUUGCCAUGAUGGAUUCUAGGCUGCAAACACCCAUGUAUUUCUUUCUCAGACACCUGGCUACAACAGAUAUUGGUUAUUCAACAGCUGUGGGACCAAAAAUGUUAAGCAGUUUUCUCUUAGAUCAAAAUACAAUAUCAUUUCAUGAUUGUGCUAUCCAGUCAUCUUUCUUUAGUAUGUUCAUUGUUUGUGAAUUUUUUAUUCUCUCUGCAAUGUCUUAUGACCGUUAUGUGGCCAUCUGUAAGCCACUCCUCUACACUGUUAUUAUGUCACAAAAAGUAUGUUGGAUACUAGUCACCAUUCCCUAUCUCUAUAGUAUAAUUGUCUCACUUCUAGUUAACGUAAAUAUUUUCACUUUAUCCUUCUGUGGCUACAAUGUCAUCAGUCAUUUCUACUGUGAUGCUCUCCCUUUGUUAUCUUUGGUCUGCUCUAAUACACAUGAAAUUGAGGUGAUAAUUUUAAUCUUCUCAGCUUUUAAUUUGCUUUCAUCUCUUCUCAUAGUAAUUGGGUCCUAUCUACUUAUCCUUAAAACAAUUGUAAGGAUUAACUCUGCUGAGGGCAAAUGGAAAGCUUUCUCUACUUGUGGGUCACAUCUAACUGUAGUCAUCGUCUUUUAUGGGACUUUGAUAUUUAUGUAUUUACAACCUAAGUCCACUCACUCCAUUGAUACUGGUAAAGUGACUUCUAUCUUUUACACCCAGGUUAUUCCUAUGUUGAAUCCCUUAAUAUACAGCUUGAGGAACAAAGAUGUAAAAGAUGCCCUUACAAAAACAAUGGAAAAGCUGCACAACUUUGUCUUAUAG